AUGGACAAGAUAAUGAAUAGUCAUUAUGGAUAUCCGGAGGAUUUGGACAGGAGAUUCAAAAUAUUUUUCAUCGUAUUCCUGCUAUUAGCUAUGUCUGAAUAUACCUUACACGUUAGUAGUCGAUAUUGUCAUCUGAAGCACGAAUAUCAAGACCUGUAUGAAUUCGAGAUGUACUAUGGAGCUACAUUUCCUCAACUGUUUUUAUUUGUACCCUUAAAUAUCUACGGUGCCAUUUAUAGUUCGUUGUUGACAGUUCAUGCUUCAAUCGUGUUAUCAUACAACGACUUAUUCAUAAUUUUGUUAAGCAUUGCACUAGCUCUCAGAUUCAAGCAAAUAACUGAUAAAUUGGAGAGACACUACAAGCAGAUAAAACGUCUAUUGCUUCAGAUAAAUUUUGACAAUGUGGCUCUUACUGGAUGCAGAAUGUUUCGAAUAACUAGAGGCAUCGUCCUCAGUAUCGCUGGUGCUGUUGUGACGUACGAACUGGUACUGAUCCAAUUCAAUAUGGCCACUAACGUGAAACUAUAAUUUCAUUUGUGAAAUGAAAACCUGAAGUAUUGUUUUCUUGAUGAUUUGCACGCAAGUGGAAGUAAUUAUAGCGAAUGGAGUUCAGAAAAAUCUGUUCACCCCACUCUGAUUUUUAUUUCCUCCUUAUCACAGAUAUAUUUAAUUUCAAAAUGAUUAUAUGCUCC